AUGAUCGGAAUAAUUAAAAAAAAAGAUAUUGAUCAAUGGGCUGAUUCAACAGCACCUAAAGCUCUAGCUGAUGUAUUUGAAGCUUUAAUCGGAGCAAUAUUUCUUGAUUCUGGAUAUUGUUUAGAAACAGUUUGGAAGAUUAUUGAACCUUUACUUCGACAAUAUAUUGAUCGAUCGAUUCAACAUCGAAAUUUAAAUCCAGUGAGAUCAUUUUUUGAACAAGGUGGAAAAAUCAUUAAGGAAUCAUGUGAUGAAAAAGGAGAGUUUACUUGUAUGGUUGAAUUAACGAAUGGAACUAAAUUUGAUGGUUAUGGAAAAAAUAAAAAACUGGCAAAAUAUGAUGCAUGUCAAAAAGCAAUAAACUACUAUUAA